AUGACAUCUAAUAGGAAGUUGCGCGUUGGUGUUGAUGUUGGAGGGACGAAUUCUGACCUUGUAGUGGUUGACCCAUACAGACUACAUGAGCCGGACAGAGGUAUUUUAGCAUGGCAUAAGUCGGUUACUACUGAGGAUAUUUCAGAAGGUAUUGAAAAAGCAAUGAGGACUGUACUAGACACCCCCCUUAAUGAUAUUAAGAAGGAAGAUAUUGUGUCCUUGACAAUUGGAACCACACACUUUAUAAAUGCAGUUAUAGAAAGGGAUACGUCUAGGCUAGAAAAGGUUGCGGUUUUGAGGCUUUGUGGACCUUAUGCGGAAAGUCUUCCUCCUUUUGGUGAUUUCCCUGAUGAUUUAGAAGAGAUAAUCAAUGGUUAUAUUGCAAAUGUUGAUGGUGGGUCACAAGUUGAUGGUGCUGAUAUUCGACCAUUAGACGAAGAAGGAAUUAGACGGCAUUGCAUGGAAAUAAAGAAACUUGGGAUUCAUGCGGUAGCUGUAGUAGCGACUUUUUCAAAUCUCAAUAAUACUCAUGAAUUGAGAGCGGAAAAAAUUAUAAAGGAAGAAAUACCGGGUAUCGAAGUGGUAUUGUCUCAUACGAUUUCCAGCAUUGGCUUUGUUGAAAGGGAAAAUGCCGCAAUUUUAAAUGCAUCUAUUAGGCGUUUUGGCCGUAAAAUUAUUUCUUCCUUUGUCCGGGCUACAAGGAAGAUAGGUUUGAAUUGUUCCGUGUUGCUUUCUCAGAACGAUGGUACUGUUUUGUCAGCUAAGGACGCCUUAGAAGCCACUAUACGUACCUUUUGUUCAGGGGCGACUAAUUCGAUGAAAGGAGCUGCAAUUCUAUGUUCAGGAGACCCAGAAGUACGUAAUCAUGAUGUGAUAGUUUGCGAUAUUGGCGGUACGACUACAGAUGUAGGCCAACUACUUUCAUCAGGGUUUCCAAGAGAAUCGGCAACUUAUUCAUAUGUUGGAGGCGUAAAGAUGAAUUUCUCGAUGCCACAUGUUUUAAGUGUUGGGUUAGGUGGAGGUUCUAUUGUUAGAUAUGACAAUAAUAGUGUGACGGUCGGGCCUGAUUCAACAGGUGCGGAUAUUGUUACUGACUCCAUUUUAUUUGGAGGGAAUGUUACUACUGCUUCUGAUCUCGCUGUUGCAUGCAUAGUUGAUUCAGAUGGUGUUGAAGCACUUGGAAAUUCUUACAAUAUGGGAGAUCCGUUGGCUGUUCAAAAUCGUUUUGAUAGUAAGUCUAAGAAAUUAUUCCAGGAUUUAAUAUCUCAGAAACUAGAGCUGGCGAUUGAUCGUAUGAAAACAUCUCCUGAUCCAAUUCCUGUGAUAUUUGUUGGAGGGGGUUCUUAUCUCGCUCCACCUGUUAUAAAGGGAGCUUCAAAGGUUAUCAGGCCACCAUUUUAUCAAGUAGCGAACGCUAUUGGUGCUGCAUUAGCCGCAAUUUCAGCAGACAGCCACGAAGUAAAAAUACUAAAAGAUGAGGUAUCUGAAAAAGAACAAGCAAUCAAUAAUUUGCUUGAUAAAGCUAAAAGCACGGCUAUUUCUAAGGGUGCACUUCCAGAAUCUAUCCGUGUGGCGAACGUCGUCUUUGAGGCUGUUCCAUAUGUCGAUAACUUCUAUUCACUUCAAGUCAAGGUGGUCGGUGAAGUCGAUUAUAGCAGGACAUUAGACUUUACCCAUACUGCUGUGGAUAUCUCUGAAGACUCUGUGAUACCCAAAAUACCUAGAAAUGCAAAAGUGUCACGUGUGGAGACACGUUCGUUUGAUUAUGCAAGUUACAGGCCCAAUGUCCAUAACGGUGAGUGGAUUUUAUCAGAGCCUGAUAUCAUAUUUAUUAGCAUUGGUUCUUACAUUCUUGGUUGCGGAGGUGGAGGAGAUCCAAAUUCAGAAGCUAUUGAAUUAAAGAGAAUAAUUAAAAAUGGUGGCAUUAUAAAGGUCCUAACUUUAGAUGAAUUUGACAAAAGAACAAAUGGACAGGGGAGAGCCAUCAACGUUGGAUACUGCGGUUCGCCCGUGAUAUCUGGGGAACGCUUACAUGCUAAUGAGAUUCUUGAAGCCGUCAAAUUGAUCGAGAGAUGGGAAGCGAGAAAAACUGAUGCAGUAUUUAUGUUUGAAAUAGGGGGGUGUAAUGGCUUGUCUGCAUUAUGGACUGCUUAUAAGAGGCAGUUGCCUUGUAUUGAUUUAGACCUAAUGGGAAGAGCUUAUCCUACUCAAUGGCAAUCAUUGCCUUCGGUUUACAACAAUUUAAAAGGAUAUCCAUUUCUAGCUUUGGCAGAUGGUAAUGGUAUGUCCCUUAUGUUGACUGAUGCCAUAGAUGAUGUUCAAAUGGAGAACUUAGUUCGUGAUGCAAUGAAUAACAACGGAGUGCAAUGCGCUUUGGUGGGUCCAUCUAUGGGUAUACAGCAAAUGAGAGCAGAAACCGUUGCAAAUCCAUUAUCGUUAGCUUGGAGAAUAGGUAGAGCGGUAAAAAUUGCUAACCUUAAUAGUGAUACGGAUAAUCUACCCUCCUACAUCAUUGAAGCUGCUGGGGGGGCUCUUUCUGCAAAGUGUCUAUUCAGGGGUAAAAUAAUUAGUUUUGAACGUAAAUUGGAACGAGGCUAUGGGUAUGGUGUUGUGGUAUUAGAAACUUUGGAUGAUGAAAAAUCAAAAUUCCGAAUUCCAUUCAAAAACGAAAAUAUCGUAGUUUAUAAGGUUGAAAAAGAUGGAACUGAGAUUCCUAUAUGCUCUGUUCCUGAUUUAAUAACACUAAUUGACCAAGAUGGUAGUGCAGUAGGCACACAGGAUUAUAGAUACGGGUUGUUGGUAUGGGUUAUGGCUUUUGCACCUUCUGAUAAAUGGCAGACUCCUAAGGGCAUCGAAUUAGGGGGUCCUUUGGGUUUUGGCAAAGCUUUUGAACACAUUAAAUACAACCCAAUCGGUGAACAUGUCCCAAUAAGGACAGUUGCAGAUGAAUUCAAUCAAACUCACACAUAG